AUGGGCCGCACCUUCAGGGUCUACCUGGCUGGGGAGAAAGUACUGGCUUGCAAGCAAUGUGGGAACCAUCUCGCUGUCAGCGAAGGUGUCAUAUCUGAGGUGGGUCGCUAUCAACAUGACCCCUCAUCCGGUCCUGAGUGGCAAUACCGCUCGCACUUUCGAGGCCAGCACGGUACCGCAUGGCUUGUGCAACAAGUGGUGAAUACAUACACGGGGGACGCCGAAGACCGGGAGAUGAGCACUGGUCGUCACACCGUUCGAGAUGUAUUCUGCCGGGUAUGCCACACUACCCUUGGUUGGAAAUACGACUAUGCUUUCGAGUACAGCCAAAAGUACAAAGAAGGCAAAUUCAUCCUCGAAAAAGCCUUAUUCUCCGAGAAACCUGAGCGACGAGAUAUCGGUCUUGUGCCCCGUAUCGAAGAGAUUCCUAUCCGCGACAUCAUCGCUGCGCGGGUGUGA